AUGGAGGAGGCCCAGGAGAGUGGGUGCUCGCAGGAGGCCCUCCGACCCGGGCCAGCAGUCCUGGUAGGCUUCCAGGGGGAGGUGGAGCUGAGCCUCCUGCAGAUGGGCGGAGCUGAGGAAGGCAAGCCUGGGGCAGUCAGGGUCAAGGCUCCAGGACUGCCAGGGCAGGAAGCCACACAGGAUGUUAUGGAGAAGCAGGACAGCAGCAAGGGUGACCAGAGGGCCCUACUUAGCCUCCAGCCUCCUGGGCACCCCCUGGUCCUUGCUGCAGCUGCGCUGGUGUCAUUCUCCAUCCUGCGGGGAUCAGAGCUCUGGCGUGGGAAGAAGGGCGAUGGAGCAGAUGAUGAGCCAAUCAGACCUGGAGAUGCACCAGGCAAGGAGUUCAGCGCUGCCCCUGGGGGACAGAGGGACCCCCGGUACAGGAGCCGCAUGGUCCUCACCUCACACCCCAGGGAAGUCGUCCAGCCGGGGCCAGGGAAGAGGCAGCUGACUGCUGGCUGCGGGUUCUGCUCUGGCUACCACACUGCCUGUGGGGCUGGAAUGGGGGCUCCCAGAAAGGGGCCGGACUCCAGCCCCUGGAGGACAGGGUAUCAGGCAGCCAGCGCUGCAGGAGGCUCAGCCCCACCUGCCCUGGAAGCCUUCCAGGACUGCCAGGCAUGGGGAUCUCCUGCAGCAAUUUUGGCGGCUGACAGCUUCUUCUGUGAGAAAUGGCGAUUUGAUAAAAUGCAAAGUGGACGCUAUCGAGCUCACGGCUUUUCAGAGGAGCUGGGAGCCAUGGCCCUGGGCUUCUCUCCUCCCUCCAUCCAUCUCCCCUUGCAACUCCAAACCCAGCCUGUGCAUCCUGGAAAGCCAGGAGGAGGACUCCAGCCCCAGCCACCCCAGCAGGCAGCUGCUGACCACUUCGAAGCUACCCUGCCUGACUCCACAAGGCCACGCAGCCUCCCUCACCGGCUGGGCCUGGCUGAGACCCUGGACUCGGAGCGGGAGCAGACCUCAGCCAGUGCCCAGGAACUGCUAGGACAGGAUGGAACGAGCCGUGGAAGGCGGAUUUGGGAAGACCCAGCUGUGGAGGCCUGGCAAGGGCUCUCCCGGCAGCGUCCGCACAGGUCAAACCUGUCAGGGGCCUGGGACUGCUGGUUUAUCUUGGGCUUCAGCAUCAGAUUCUGUGGCAGCCGUCGUACCGCGGAGGAGCGCGCAGCCCAGGCGAGGCCGGAGGACGUGCCCAUAGAAUGCCCAGGGGCGACGAGCUGUCCUGAGCCCCUCUGGUGCAGCCACCUUCCUGUCCCAUACACCCUGCCCACCACGGAGUCCAGAGGGAAAUCGGCCAGCAGCCCCAAGCCCGACACCAAGGUGCCCCAAGCCACCACCGAGGCCAAGGUACCCCUGGCAGCCGAUGGGAAAGCCCCCUUGACCAAGCCCUCGAAGAGGGAAGUCCCGGCUGAGAAGCAGCAGCCGCUGGCAACCCCCAGCAUGGCAACUGCCAAGAAGACCCUGGCCAAGGCGAACCCCGUCCUUCUCAACCACAGCAAACUGAAGCCGGCCCCCACGACCCCCAAGGUUCCCAGCAGUCCUGAUGCAACCCCGGGGCCCAAGGGUCCUGGGGACGGGGCGGAGGAGGACGAGGCUGCCCGGGGGCCUGGGGACCGAGGUCCCUGGUCCUGCGAGAAUUUGAACCCCCUGCUGGUGACUCGAGAUGUGGCUGUAGCAGCCACAGCCCCGAUUCUCGGUGGGGACUUCCUGGCCUAG